AUCUUUCGAUGGGUGGGAGGAACGUCUCCACUCUCCUGGGUCCCCUUACCCUCCCCGCAGGGCGGGGCUGUAAGCGACCUAAAGGGAGGAGGGGGGCACAGCUGGAGCUGAGAAGGCGUAGCAAGAGCCCGGCACUCGCCAAGUUGGGGACUAGUUCUCUCUUCGCUUCUCUGCGAAGGCCUAGAGUGCAGAAGAGGGAAGGACAGAAGGAAGAGGUGGAGGCGGGACAGAAGCGAGGAGCGGGGGCAGUGCGGAGCAGGCUGGCCGGACCGCGCUCUGGGGAGCGCCCCCAUGGCUCUGGCCGGUUGCAGGGCGGCACUGGCCCGGCUAGUGCUGCUGCCGCUCGCCCUGGCUCCUCUGGGGGCCGGCCCUGGGAGCGCGCACCCUCAGUGCUUGGACUUCAAGCCCCCAUUCCGGCCGCCGCGCCCGCUGCCCUUCUGCGAGCAGUAUUCGGCCUUCGGCUGCUGCGAUGCAGAGCAGGAUGCCGCACUGAGCCGCCGUUACUGGGCUGUGACCAGCCGCCUGGAGCCCGACACCUUCGCGGUCUGCGCCGCCUACGUGCGCGACCUGCUGUGCCAGGAAUGCUCUCCAUAUGCUGCACACUUGUUUGAUGCAGAGGACCCAUCCACACCUCUCCGGACAGUGCCUGGGCUCUGUAAGGACUACUGUGUAGAUGUGUGGCACAAUUGCAGAACUAUAUUCCGUCAUCUCUCCCCAGACCCAGAGUUAUGGGCCCUGGAGACUAAUCGGGCCAAGUUUUGCCGCUACUUAUCACUUGAUGAUGCUGACUACUGUUUCCCUCGCCUACUGGUCAACGAAAAUCUGAAUGUGAACCUGGGUCAGGUGAGGGCUGACACAGAAGGCUGUCUGGAGCUCUGUCUGGUGGAGGUGGCCAACAGGCUCCGGAACCCCGUGGCCAUGGUACAUGCCAAUGAUGGCACUCACCGCUUCUUUGUGGCUGAACAGGUGGGGCUGGUCUGGACUUACCUCCCCAACCGUUCAAGAUUGGAGAAGCCAUUUCUGAACAUCAGCGAGGCUGUGCUCACCUCUCCCUGGGAAGGUGAUGAGAGGGGCUUUCUUGGAAUUGUCUUCCACCCUCAGUUUAAAGAUACUGGGAAAGUCUAUGUAUACUACUCUGUGGAAAUCAGUUACGAGGAGAUGAUCCGCAUCAGUGAGUUCAAGAUUUCCCCUGAUGACAUGAAUACUGUGGACCACAGAUCUGAAAGGAUAAUUUUGGAAAUUGAAGAACCGGCAUCUAACCACAAUGGCGGACAACUGCUCUUUGGAGAUGAUGGGUAUCUUUACAUCUUCACUGGGGAUGGAGGAAUGGCAGGAGAUCCAUUCGGGAAGUUUGGAAACUCACAAAACAAGUCAGCCUUACUUGGCAAAGUAUUGCGUAUUGAUGUGAAUCACAAUGACCGAGGGCCUCUGUAUAGAAUUCCUCCCGAUAAUCCUUUUGUUGGCGACCCGUUGGCCCGACCAGAAGUCUACGCCUAUGGUGUGCGGAAUAUGUGGCGUUGCUCCUUUGACCGAGGCGAUCCCAUCACCAAAGAAGGGCAGGGGAGACUCUUCUGUGGAGAUGUUGGCCAGAACAAAUUUGAAGAGGUUGACAUCAUAGAGAAAGGGAAGAACUAUGGAUGGAGGGCUCGGGAAGGCUUUGAGUGCUAUGACAAAAAACUAUGCGCCAAUUCUUCACUAGAUGAUGUUCUUCCAAUCUAUGCAUAUCCACACAAGAUGGGAAAGUCAGUCACAGGAGGCUAUAUCUACCGGGGCUGUGAGUCCCCUAAUUUGAAUGGGCUGUACAUAUUUGGGGAUUUUAUGAGUGGGAGAGCUCCUCCGGGCAAGUGUCAGAUCAAGGCAGCCCCAGUGAAAGUGAAGAGUCGAAUCAUCAGCUUUGAACCUAAAGAGAAGUUCAUCUCCAAAACCGUAACUGCAAGGCCUAAGCCGCGAACCACCACCAAAGCCCCACGACGGAGCACUUCCACAGCUCGGCCCACACCUCCUUCCACCCCUGACUGGGCCGAGCAGAUUUUGCAGCUCCUCCGAAACCGCUCAGUCACCCCGACUACACCUAUUCUGAGCUCUACUCGACGGCCCUCUGGCCGGAGAGGCGGGAGGAGAAAGGGAAGGCCCAGCACAGCCUCCCCCCCCCUCCGAAAUGGGGCCGUCCGACUGGUCACCCACCAGUCCCUAGGGCGGGACCGGGGCCGUGUGGAGAUCUAUGUGGGCAGGCGCUGGGGCACCGUCUGCGAUGAUGUGUGGGACUCCAAGGCUGCAGCCGUUGUCUGCCGCCAACUGGGCUUCCCCUACGUGGUCAAGGCAGCCAAGAGGGCAGAGUUUGGUGAGGGCCGCUCCCUGCCCAUCCUCCUGGACGACGUGCGCUGCACAGGCCAGGAGAGAACCCUGCUGGAGUGUUUCCAUGCUGGGGUGGGCAAGCACAACUGCGACCACAAGGAGGAUGCAGGCGUGAUAUGCAGCCAUCAAGAUCCGGAUCUAUAGACACAUGGGGGGGGGGGGGGGUUGGAGCUGAUGCUGAGGGAUGAUGAGAGUCAGAAGUGGCCUUGUGGGCUAUUUUGCACUGUGCAUGUGUGUAUGUACAUGUGUGCCCAUAUGGGCAAAUAUGUGUAGUUGAGAUUUUCCUCCCUCCCUUCCUCCCUUCUCUUCCUCCCUCCCUCCCUCCCUCCCUUCCUCCCUCUCUCCCUCCCUCCCUCCCUCCCUCCCAUCCUUCCUUCCUUCCUUCCUUCCUUCCAUCUUUCUUUCUUUUCUUUCUCCCUCCCUCCCUCCUUUCCUUUUUCCUCUAAAUACUCAGAGGAACAGCAGGGCAAAAUUUGGAAAAUCGAAGCUCAUCACUCAAGUUUGGCAAGGUACAGAAUUGGAGUCAUUUGUUUUUUUUCAGCUACAUUAAUAAAAGGCUAGUGUUUGGAGUAAUAAAGAUAAGGAUCUUGA